UCUGCAUAAAGCCUACUCGCUCUCCUCGUCUGUAUAUCUGCCACAUCCCUGCGCCUAGCUUUCAAAGUUUGGCUACUUUUUUUUGGAUCGACUAAUUACUACUGAGGAUACCGCACGAUCAACCGGUACAGAAUGAAGGAAGCAAUUGUCGACGCCGGCCCAAAGGUCACGAUUAUCGACUCGGAAGUCCCAAAGCCCAAAGAUGAUCAAGUCGUCAUCAAGGUGGCAGUCAGCGGGUCCAAUCCAAAGGACUGGAAGGCCCCGGAGUGGAUUCCAGACAAGAUCAUCAACCAGGGUGACGACAUCGCCGGCGUGGUCCACGAGGUCGGCGCCAACGUCACCGAGUUCAAGCCCGGCGACCGAGUCAUGGCCUUCCACGAGAUGAUGACGCCAGGCGGGAGCUACGCCGAGUACGCCGUCGCGUGGGCGUACACCACGGCCCACAUCCCCAAGAACGUCUCCUUCGAGGAGGCCGCCGCCAUCCCCCUGGCGGCGCUGACGGCGGCCUGCGGCCUGAACACCAAGCUCGGCCUGCCCGCGCCGUGGCAGCCCGCGACCGAGCCGACCCCGCUGGUCGUCUACGGCGCCGCGUCGGCCGUGGGCAUCUACGCGGUCCAGCUGGCAGCCAAGGCCAACAUCCACCCGCUCAUCUGCGUCGCGGGCAACUCGCAAGACCACGUGAGGAAGUUCCUCGACCCGUCCAAGGGCGACGCCGUCAUCGACUACCGGGACGGCGACGACGCCGUGGUGGAGGGCAUCAAGAAGGCCGCCAAGGGCGCGAAGCUGCUGCACGCGUACGACGCCGUCUCCGAGAAGAACAGCUACGUCAACCUCGGCAAGGCGCUCGCCGACGGCGCCAAGAUCACCACGGUGCUGCCGCACACCAAGGACGAGGACGUUCGCAGUGGUGUUUCGAUCCAUCGCACCGCCGUCAGCGCGGUGCACAAUGACGAGAAGGACCUCGGGUUCGUCUACAUGCGGUAUUUCGCCAGGGGGAUGCAGGAUGGCUGGUUCAAGGCUCAGCCUCAGGUGGUGGUCCCCGGCGGGCUGAACGGGAUCCAAAAGGGGCUGGACAACCUCAAGGCCGGGAAGGCGAACGGGAUCAAGUACGUCUUCAGGAUUUCUGAUGAGAAGUGAGGCUAGAAACUGCCUGUAGACAGACUUCGACUUCGAAUUGGACACAUGCAGCAAAACCUCAAAAUGCAAAUCCACAAUAAUAAUCGC